UCUUUUGCCCAGUCAAUGCGGGAAAAACCGUAGAAUCACUGCUAGUUAUCAAGGAUAUAUCUGUACUUGAGAAUUGUUAAGUGGUUUCAGCGAUUUUAGUACUUUUGAUUUCGCUUCCCAUUGUUUUUAUUGAAAAUUGACGAUUGCACAAGGAGAUGAAACUGUAAUGUUGUGAAUGACCGCAGGCUCAGAAUAAUGGUUUUGUUCUGAGAAAACACAGCGAAACCUCGCGGAAACUCAUACAGCAAGCGAUAUGUAAUUAUGAACAAUGCUGGUCUAAUAGCUCCUGAAAUCAGAGUGGUAUGCAAACAUGCACGAUGCAUUUGAACAUGCAGUUAUCUUGGAGAAGCUGCCAUUGCAAAUAGAAUGCAUAGCUACCUUUGGUGACAAUCUUCUUGUUGGAACAAGACAGGGGCAUUUGCUUUUGUAUGGUGUUUUAGAUGGGACAGGUGACAGCAGGUUUGAAGUGGAGCUACGAAGCUCUAACAAAUUGUUCUCAAAGAAGCCCAUUUCACAGGUAAAUUAUAAAAUAAUAUUAGUAACAACACUCUGUGAUGCUGUUAUGGCUGAUUGUUCUAGGGAACUUAUUGAAAUAAAUAUCCACUUAUUUUGUGGCAAAAGUCCCCUUGAAAAGUGUUGUAAAGCACAUCAGAGCAGAGCAGCAUGGACAAUGUGCUACAUAGGCCAUUACAGAAACAUGAGAGGACUGGGAAAGGAUUCUGUUGUUAGUGUUCAUAACUUGGAGACCUUUGCUCACAAGUUCACCUUGCAUAAAACAAAGGGAGCUAGUGUUUUUGCUGUGAAUAUAAAGGAAAGGAAACAAUCCUCAGUUUUUGAUCCUUCACCAGCUCUUGAACUAAAGUUAUGUGUUUCAGUGAAACGGAAACUGCAGUUAUUUAGUUGGAGGAAUGGAGAAUUCCAAGAGCUAGAAGAUCUUUUGGUGCCAGAUGCAGCUAAGGCAUUAGUUUGGUCAAAGGACUCUCUCUGUGUUGGCUUCAAAAAAGAAUACUCUCUCAUAAAGACAAGCACUGGUGCUGCAACAGAGCUGUUCUCCACUGGUCGUCAUUUAGAGCCUACAAUAGCUACUUUGCCAAGUGGAGAACUUAUUCUUUGUCGUGAUGAUAUCAGCAUUAUAACUGACAGUGAAGGAAAGAAGACACAGAAACAAACCCUGACGUGGACAGAUACACCAACAGAACUAGGUUAUGCGGAACCUUAUGUAAUCGGCCUUCUUCCUCGGUAUGUGGAGAUACGAACCAUCAGUCCUCGUGCACUUAUCCAGAGCAUUGAAUUACCUAAAUCUCGAUUUAUUGCUCGGGGAAAGCACAUGUAUAUAGCAUCGUCAAGCUUUGUGUGGAGACUUAUUCCUGUGUCUAUUCCGAUGCAAAUACAACAGCUACUGCAAGACAAGCAGUUUAGCCUUGCUCUUAUGUUAGCGGACAUGGUGGUUGAACCAGAGCAAGAGAAAGCCGCACGUAAAGAGAGUAUUCAGAAUCUUUAUGCAUUUGAUAUGUUCUGUCAGAAGAGGUUUGAUGAUUCUUUGCAGCUCUUUGCCCAGUUAGAAACAGACCCAGCACAAGUUAUAGGCCUGUUUCCCGAUCUUCUUCCGAGUGAAUUCCGAAAGCUUCUCGAGUACCCGGCCCCACCACCUCAGUUGACUCCGGGGGAGCUGGAGAAGGGCUGUUUAGCACUCGUGGAAUAUUUGACGCAGAAACGAAAUGAGUUGAUGAAAAGCAGUGACAAGGCAGAAAGCAUGCAGAAAGGAAGACUGAAAGAUUCUGCCGAAGAUCAUAGUAAAGCUGAUAUAAAGGCUCAGAAGAACUUAAUGCACAAAAGACAAAUCAUUGAUACUACACUGCUGAAAUGUUACUUACAGACAAACGAUGCCCUUGUGGCACCACUGCUGAGGUUGAAAGAAAACUUCUGCCAUGUAGAAGAGUGCGAAAGAGUUCUAAUGAAGAGCAAAAAAUACAAUGAAUUGGUUAUACUGUACCAGACCAAAGGUCUUCAUAAGAAAGCACUAGACCUCUUGUUGAGACAGGCUCAGAAGAGUAGCGGUCCACUCAAAGGCCAUCAGAAAACAGUUCAAUAUCUCCAGCAUUUAGGUCGUGAACACUUAAAACUUAUAUUUGAUUUUUCCGUCUGGGUUUUAAAGGCGCAUCCUGAUGACGGAUUAAAGAUAUUUACGGAAGAUUUACCAGAGGUCGAAGGUCUACCACGUGACAAAGUACUGGCUCACAUAGAACAGUGCGCGAAGCAGUUGACUAUCAGAUAUUUGGAACAUAUAAUCUUCCUGUGUAGUGAAUCAAAACCCGAAUUUCACAACAAGUUGAUCAAUUGCUACCGUGAAAGAGUACAAGUGUUGAUGAGAGAGUAUUUAGAUUCGUUACCGGAAGGUGACCAGCCUUUUCCUCCCGGAAGUGAACCAGGGGAACUCGGAGAACUAAGAGGAAGGUUGCUGUUUUUAUUAGAGACUUCAAAACAUUAUCAAGCGCAGCAUCUACUGACGCACUUUCCAGAGAGCUUUUAUCAUGAACGAGCUCUUUUGCUUGGACGAGUAGGAAGGCACGAGGAAGCUCUGGCUAUAUACAUCCAUAUUUUACAUAACAUCAAACUUGCUGAAGAGUAUUGUCAUCGAAAUUAUAACGAAGGCCGCGAGGGCAGUAAAGAUGUAUACGUGUCCUUAUUGCGCAUGUACCUGGAGCCACCCCAGAUAAGCGGCAAGGAAAAUAUGAAACCGAACAUUCUUGAGGCGCUAGACGUACUGCAGGAGCAUCACCUGAAGAUAAGUACCGCUAAGGCGCUUGAACUACUUCCUCCAUCUACUAAAGUGAGUGAGGUUUAUGCGUUUUUGCUCAAUGUUCUGGAAGACAAAGAUAGGAAACGGAAGAGUUGUCAAGUGUUGAAGAGCCUUCUGUUUGCUGAGCAUCUACAGGUUCAAGAACAACGUAUGCAUUAUCAGGGGCAUAAAAUACUGCUGACCGAUGAAAGAGCUUGUCGGGUGUGUCACAAGAAGAUCGGAACGAGUGCCUUUGCAUAUUACCCCACGGGCGAAAUACUUCAUUACUACUGCUGCAAGAACCUCACUUCCCCCCCUAACAGUGAGCAAACGACCCCCCGGGACAGCCCAACCCUUGAAGAUAAUAUGCUACAAAGAUACUGAUCAAAUGUGAUGCAAUUCUUCAUUCACAAGCGCAUCGCCCACAAAGCACGUCAUGAAUUAGAAAGUACAGAUGCACGCUGAGGUGUUAGGCCACGGGUAUUUCACGUGAUGCGUAAUGAAUCAACAUGUAUUUCGUAAUCAAACAUUCAGAAUCUUCACAGAAUAUUUAUGUAAGAGAAAACGUCUAAUUUCUCAAUUGAGUCAAUGAUCAAAUAAUAUUACCUUAGUUUUACUUUUUAUAGUAGUAACCUGAUUGGCUAAAUACUCUCGAUGCUCUUCUAAUCAGCUACAAAACCAAAACCAAUCACGCGUUGGACACGUACGUUUUCUCCCACUCGACUUCCAGCGUAGUACGUGGCCACGUGAUGCCGUUGAAGGGUUGCAAGAGAGUUAAAGAGAUAAUGAUCUAAUGUUGAAGUCACUUCAUAAAUCGAAGAAAAUGUACUUAAAAGAUAAAAGAAUUAAUGUCAUUACAAAGAAAACAGUUUGGUUGUCACGCAGUAUCAUUCAUCAGAUGUUUCGUUACCAAUCAUUUGUGCUGUGGCUUUACAGAGAAUGUUUUGUAAUACUUGUUCGAUAUAUUUUUUCGAGAAUAGAAAUAUUAACCAUAUAAGUUUAAAUAAAAGGAGAUUGAGGGUGUUACA